GCUGGUGGGCCCCGCAGCUUUGCUCCUCCUCUGCGCCCGCGCUCUCGGACAUGGUGGCCCCCGGCUCUGUGACCAGCCGGCUGGGCUCGGUGUUCCCCUUCCUGCUGGUCCUGGUGGACCUGCAGUACGAAGGUGCUGAAUGUGGAGUAAAUGCAGAUGUUGAGAAACAUCUCGAAUUGGGCAAGAAGCUCCUCGCAGCUGGACAGCUCGCGGACGCUUUAUCUCAGUUUCAUGCUGCAGUAGAUGGUGACCCUGAUAACUAUAUUGCUUACUAUCGGAGAGCUACUGUCUUUUUAGCUAUGGGCAAAUCAAAAGCAGCACUUCCUGAUUUAACUAAAGUGAUUGAAUUGAAGAUGGAUUUCACUGCAGCAAGAUUACAGAGAGGCCACUUACUACUCAAACAAGGAAAACUUGAUGAAGCAGAAGAUGAUUUUAAAAAAGUGCUCAAGUCAAAUCCCAGUGAAAAUGAAGAAAGGGAAGCCCAGUCCCAGCUCAUCAAAUCUGAUGAAAUGCAGCGUUUGCGCUCACAAGCACUGGAUGCCUUUGAGAGCUCAGAUUUUACUGCUGCUAUAACCUUCCUUGAUAAGAUUUUAGAGGUUUGUGUUUGGGAUGCAGAACUUCGAGAACUUCGAGCUGAAUGUUUUAUAAAAGAAGGGGAACCUAGGAAAGCGAUAAGUGACUUAAAAGCUUCAUCAAAAUUGAAAAAUGAUAAUACUGAGGCAUUUUAUAAAAUCAGCACGCUGUACUAUGAACUAGGAGACCAUGAACUGUCCCUCAGUGAAGUUCGUGAAUGUCUUAAACUUGACCAGGAUCAUAAAAGGUGUUUUGCACACUAUAAACAAGUAAAGAAACUUAAUAAGCUGAUUGAGUCAGCUGAAGAGCUCAUCAAAGAUGGCAGGUACACAGAUGCAAUCAGCAAAUAUGAAUCUGUCAUGAAAACAGAGCCAGGUGUUCAUGAAUACACAAUUCGUUCAAAAGAAAGGAUUUGCCACUGCUUUUCUAAGGAUGAGAAGCCUGUUGAAGCUAUUCGAGUAUGUUCAGAAGUUUUACAGGUAGAACCUGACAAUGUGAAUGCUCUGAAAGACCGAGCAGAGGCCUAUUUAAUAGAAGAAAUGUAUGAUGAAGCUAUUCAGGAUUAUGAAACUGCUCAGGAACACAAUGAGAAUGAUCAGCAGAUUCGAGAAGGUCUGGAGAAAGCACAGAGGCUACUGAAACAGUCGCAGAGACGAGAUUAUUAUAAAAUCUUGGGAGUAAAAAGAAAUGCCAAAAAGCAAGAAAUCAUUAAAGCAUACCGAAAAUUAGCACUGCAGUGGCACCCAGACAACUUCCAGAACGAAGAAGAAAAGAAAAAAGCUGAGAAAAAGUUCAUUGACAUAGCAGCUGCUAAAGAAGUCCUCUCCGAUCCAGAAAUGAGGAAGAAGUUUGAUGACGGAGAAGACCCCCUGGACGCAGAGAGCCAACAAGGAGGUGGCGGCAACCCUUUCCACAGGAGCUGGAACUCAUGGCAAGGGUUCAAUCCCUUCAGCUCAGGCGGACCUUUUAGAUUUAAAUUCCACUUCAAUUAAACCAGCUGUUUUUCUGCUCCUCUUCCUUCAUUUUUUUAAAGUUUUAAAACAAACAAAAAUAACCUUGUUCCGGGAUCCUAUUGAAAAAGAAAAUUCCAAUCUUGCAGUUUGUCCACGACCAAAGAGGUGUUCAGAAUGGCAGUGUCUGUUCUUAUCCAUUGCAGACUUGAGGCUGACGGGGGUGAGGGCAGGGAGGCAGGCGGGCUUCCGUUUCUGGCAGAGCAGCCUGUGUCUGUGCUGUGACCGGAUGGCAGCAGUCUGAGAUGGGUGCACAGAUCUUUUAUCUUCUACACGGGAGCAGUGAGAUUCUCUUCUUGUUGCAUAUGUGUCAGCGCCUGCGUGUGUGAGGAGGAGCCUGGGGUGUCAGCAUUCUCCAAGAGGAAUGAACAUUCUGAGCUGUAUGUUCUUAAGCACAACUUUGCUUCGACUCUGGUCUGUCCAGUCACCUGUCAUUAUGUUAAAUUUCCACUUGCGUUCCCAUCUCUCUCUGAGCAUGAACGUGGCUGUCAUUGAAGGUGGGCAGAGCUGUUAGAGAACCUGCUACGAAUGUAAUAGCAGGAGCCAGGGUGAGGUCUGGGCUCAGGUUAAGCAUGUAUUUUUUUGUUGAGUACCUGGAGAAUACUGAAAACCAUGGAAACAGAAUUAACUGUAAACCCUACUGGCCCUUUUAUUUAAUAUGAAAUACAAUGAACUAAAAAUAUGUAAAGUAAGUUCAGAUAACAUAGCAGUGGUAUUUAAAUAAUAUUGCUGUAGUGCAGAAUUGACAACUGAAAUUGUGAGUUGUACAGCAUUUCCUGUAACAGGAUUGGCUUAGAAUGCACAGUUGCUCAGUCAAUGUAGACAGAAUGCCAUGCUUCCCACUUUUAGUAAGUUUAGCAGUUUCUCUUAUGUCCUGGCCUACCUGGCCCAUGGGUGCCCACGUGGGACUGCUUUGAGGUGGGUGUUAAGUAGCAGGCCUGCCCUUUUUCCAGACCUUGAUGCCUCUGGAAGUUCUUCUGCCAGGAAAGAAACAGGUUUACAGAUCUAGUCAGCUCUGGCUGUAUGUCCACUGUCAAGAUAGCAUCUUUUCUUGGGAUACCUUCUUACCUUUUAAGAAAAAUGAACUAUUCAGUCUUUAUGUGCUGGAUAAUUUUUUCCUUAAAAGAAAAAUAAGUGUUAAUCUAGAACAUUAAAUAUUUAUGGAUAGGGAUUCCAUAAAAUAUUAUGGAACUCUUGAUGCUGCAUUUAAAAUCUAAGAAUUAUUUAGAUAAAAAUUGUACCUUUAUUCUAGAAAGGUUUUUUUUUUUUUUGCCUCAGAACAUUUUGACAAUUUAAGUAGGAUGGGCCUAAUAUACUGACUGCUUUUUGGGAAAUCAAGCAUCUUCUGAGUUGUUGGGGCUGUCCUACCACUAAUAUCCGCAGCAGCCAGCCAAGCACAAAUAGUUUCCUUCUACAGUCAUUCUGAAACAUAUUUGGAAAAGAGUUUUUUAAUCUGAGGGACAAAAACAACAUAGCUGAGUUGGACAAAACACGUUAAGUGCUUUUUGCAUCUAUUUAGAAGUUUCUUUCUUACCAAUAAACAAGAUGGCAUUUUGAAAACUAGCAAACAGCUUGCAGCUUUCCUUUUGUUUUAAUGUUUCAAAACUCAAGCCAGUGUGAAAAUAAUUUCCAAAGGAAAUUCAUUUUUAUUCUUUAAU